AAGUGGUUUGGCCCAUUGAUCAGUGCUUUGAAAUACUGAAGGCUACCAGAUUAGUUUUAAACGAAUGAAAGGGCUCUGUAACAGCACCUAGGAGUGACGAGACGUGAGAUCGACUUCUGCUAUUGAUCUCAUUUUUAGGGAAAUCAAGUCAGAAAGAACAACUGCAGCUCAACAUUCCAAACUUGUGCGCCGAGACAGACACCGUCUUCUCCAAAACAAUGGCUGAACGUCUGGAGGACCAUCUUAAAUGUCCCACCUGUCUGGACAUCUUCCAAGAUCCCGUCAUGCUGCUGCCGUGUAGUCACAACUUCUGCCGUGCGUGUCUGCAGCAUUGGAAGGACACAGGAGAACGAUCGUGUCCACUCUGUAGGACACUGUUUAGUUGGAUAGAUCCGCCUCCGAACUUGGCACUGAAGAAUUUGUGUGAGAACCUUUCACGAGCCUCAGUCAAGUUAGAAGAGAUGUGUAGCUUGCACAAAGAAGAACUCAAACUCUUCUGUUUGGACCACCAAGAGCGUGUGUGCCUCAUCUGCAGAGACGCAGAAAUACACACUGGUCACCAGUUCCGGCCCCUCGAAGAAGUUGUGAAAGGUCAUCGUGAGGAACUCAAGAAAGGCCUGCAGAAGGCCAAGGAAAGACUCAAAGAUUACAACGACUGCCGAGAGAGCUGCAAUGAACAGGCAGAGUACAUCAAAGUCCAGAAGAAGAAGGUCGAACGCAAGAUUAAGAAGGAUUUUGAGGAGCUCCGUCGCUUUCUUGACGUCGAGGAGAAGGCCAGGUUGGCAGCGGUCAGGGAGGAAGAGAGGAACAAGAUUCAAAGGAUGAAGGAGAAGAUCGCAGCUCUCGGAAAACAAAUGGCCACUCUCUCGAGUGUCAUCAGAAGCACUGAGGAGCAGCUGGAGCCUAGCAAUGUUUCUUUCAUGAAGAAGUUCAAGACUGCGAUGAGCGGGAUCCAAGAGAUCCCCGAUAAACCGGAGGAUCUCCGAGGUGGUCUUCUGGAUGAAGCCAAACACGUGGGCAAUCUCAUGUUCAACGUGUGGGAGCGACUGAAGGAGACACUCGUCUACCAUCCUGUCAUUCUGGACCCCAACACGGCUGAUCCAGAACUCAGUCUGUCCGAAGAUCUGAGCUGUCUGACUUUAAAAGAAGCACAGCAGCAGCGUCCAAAGAAUCCAGAAAGGUUCAAGUGGGAGUCCGUGCUGGGUUGUGCUUUAGACUGGGGAAGACACGUGUGGGACGUUGAGGUGGGAGACAACAAUGACUGGCAAGUGGGGGUUGCGUGGGGGGACCCUUGUUUGCCAGAGAAAAUGAAUAGUUGGUUAACUGCAUUUUGGGAUGGGAAAUACACAAAUUUCAAUGACCAAUUUGGAGAGUGGAAUCUGCCUGUCAAAGUGCAGAAGAUCCGAGUUAAAGUGGACAUGAAUGAAAGGUCAUUUUCCAUCUCUGAACCUCUUACAAACAUUGAAUUGUGGAAACAUAUGAAGUCUUCCAAUUGGCCAGACUUGUGCGGUAACACCAAAAUGUAUCCUUAUUUCCGGACGGCACAUAAAAUUCCUCUAAAGAUAAUCCCCAUUCCACCUCUUGUUACGAUUGCCAUCAGUUAGCCGUCAUGUUGACACGGGCUGAACAGCUUGAUUUUCUGCUUUUUAAUGUCAUCUGAAUCAUUCGUUUUCUUUUUCCACAUGAUUUGACUCUCAUUUAUUGGCCAGGUCAUUCGACGGGACUUUACUAUAGAAAGUCAAGUCGAAAUAAUGAAGCAAGUAAUCAGUAUUCUUUUCUCCCAAUACUUUUGCACUUGUACUUGUGUGCAUACUAUUUUUACUUUAAUGUGAGUAAUAUUUGGAAGUAAUGCUACUUUGACUUGAGUACAACUUUUGGCGACUCUCUUGGUAACAUUGAUUUACUUGCACUCCAGUCAUUUUUCAAAAGUACUUUGAGUGAUUAUAUUUGGAAGUAAUGGUACUCUUACUCAAGUACAACUUUUGGCUUCUCUCUUGAUAACAUUGAUUUACUUGUACUACUUUAAUACUUGUACUACAGUCAUGUUUUUAUUUUAUAAGUACUUUGAGUGAUUUUAUUUGAAAAUAAUGCUACUCUUACUCGAGUACAAUGUUUGGCUUCUCAUUACAGUUUUAAAAAUAAGACACAAGUUACUUGUGACUGAGUUAAGUUUAUUUUAAAGUAAUGCUAUUACUCACGUACAAUGUUUGGAUUCUCAUAACAGUUUUAAAAAUAAGACAAGUUACUUGUGAUUGAGUUACAGGAUGUUAUUUUAAAGUAAUGCUACUCUUACUCGAGUACAAUGUUUGGCUUCUCAUUACAGUUUUAAAAACAAAUAAGACACAAGUUACCUGUGACUAAGUUAAGUUUAUUUUAAAGAAAUGCUACUCUUACGUACAAUUUUUGGCUUCUCAUUACAGUUUUAAAAACAAAUAAGACACAAGUUACCUGUGACUAAGUUAAGUUUAUUUUAAAGAAAUGCUACUCUUACGUACAAUGUUUGGGUUCUCAUAACAGUUAUAAAAAUAAAUAAGACACAAGUUACUUGUGAUUGAGUUAUAGUAUGUUAUUUUAAAGUAAUGCUACUCUUACUCACUACUCUACUGAUGACAUUUUAAAAUUAAAUGAUAAUAAACAUUUACUAUCGUAAUUACUUGAGUAUUCUUAUCACCGAAUACUUUCUGACUUGUACAGGACUUGAGUGAAUUUUCUGCAACUUGAGUCAUCAUAUGUUGAAGUAAAGUUUCAACUUUUCAGCUUGCUUGAGUAAAUUACAGGUAGUCCCCGGGUUACGACGUACCCGACUUACGUGAUUUCGACUUUAUUACGCUAGAGUCUCGACCAACAUUUCGGCUCCAGUCGUUUUUUUUUUUGUUUCUUUGUUUGUUUGUUUUUUUAAGUCACAAAACAGUGUAGAGUACAACAGAGGAUUAGGGCCCCCCCAAAAAAGGGGGGGACUAAGAGAUUAAAGUCGCACUGGUAAUAUGAGAAAAAAAUGUAUCAUUACAUUGGGUAAAUUGCUAUGCACUUUACGUACAUGUACCUUAGCUGGGAGCUACGACGAAGCUUCAAUAUAAAGCCAUCUAUUGAUUAUAAUUUGAUGUGGAUGACCCAAAAGAUUUCCUCAUUUAAUAGACUUAGGAGAUGCACAAUAUUAUUCCAAUUCGCUAUGAUGUCACGUCGUAAAGCUACUACCAUAGACUUCAUAAUGAUAUUGACGUGACACAUUACACAGACACUGCGCCACGCCUUCCAGUAGGGGCCGUCCCACACUCCAAUUCAGUCAUCUAAGUCGGUCGUAGUUAUUCUCAAACGCAUGCAGCGAUCCAUCGCCGGAUUUAGGUUAAAAAAGUACGAAAGCUGUACCACAUACAAACAGGAAGGAUCGUCUCAGGAGUGAUUUGUUCGAGGAUUCGAGGUAAUUAUUAUAUUUUUCGUAACAUUGCAUGCAUUUUGAAACAUUGUGAAAAAAAUUAAUGGGAAAAAUUAACCGGCACGGCAUUGCUGUUUAUAAUUCGCAAUAUUUGCGUAAAAUAAAAGCUAACUGCCCGUUUUUUUUCCUUUUAACCAAGACUCGAGACUGUUUUACGUCCAUAUCAAUAAAGAAUUCAGGGAUUUAAGCAUUUAUU